ACAAAUCGAAACUAGUUUAUGACCAAGUCCAAUUUUUGGACAAGCGAGGCUCUCCAAGGUUCUGUUAAGCUGGAAGGCGAUGUUAUCACUGCAAAUGGUUCCAUACUGAGCGGUUACGAAGGUCAUGAUGGACAAUCGUUCAGUGGUUCCAAUAUAUCAUCAAUGUGUUCAUGUCGUUGUGCAUGUUUUAGUGCAAAACGGCAUAAAAGUCGACAGUCUUCUUUAAAUUCCUUACAAGACAAUACACAUCAAAUGAAAGGUCGACGCUCUCCAUCAUCCCAUAUGCGACACCUAUUACCCGAAGUUGUUCCAAUGCAAGAUUUAGGCUAUGAUUCGCAUAGCCUCAAUCAUCCACUAGAUGGCGUUGAUGUCGUCGAUACGAGUACGUGUUCUCAGCCGCAAUUACUUAAGCGAAAUGUAUCAUUAUUAUCGUUUCAAUAUAAUAUUUAAGUUACACAUAUACA